CUGUGGCUAACACGAGGAGCCUAGUAAAAGAGAUUUGUUCUCGGGUCUUUGAUGCUAAACGAUUUCUCCGUCGCGAGACCUGCUCUUUCCGUCACGUAGUUCAGCAGAUACAAUCGGAGUGAACCACCAGAGCCUGUAUGUUUGAGUAAACGUGUUUAAGUGGACUUUGUGUAAUUUUUCGGUACGUUUUGUCACAGACUCCUCUCUGUUAUCUAAGAAUGCUAACUUAAGUUAGCUUAGCGUGUUAGCUGAAAAAUAGACGGGGACGGAACUCGACCACACAGCGCUAGUCGGAGUGACUAUUCAAUAGAAACUAAACUGUAUAAUUCAUGGACUCACUAUGUCCAGAUAGCGGUGUUUGAAUGGACUCUGUCUUAUUUUAUGUACUUGAAACCAUACGAAUUAUCUUCUCGUAUAUUGCGAAGCAAAUGAAGUUAGGUUGCUAGCUGAACAUAGACAAGACACGAACAUAACGAGGAAUACAUCGGGGUGAGCAACCCGUUUCAACGGGGUGUGUCAGGAGGAAAAGCUGCUGUGAUUUAUUAAAAAUGGAGGAGCUUGAGUUUAAUACAAACGAGAAUCUCAGACAGCGGAAACUAACUGGUGCUGUUUUCAACUCUGACGACCGAUUAAACGGACCAGACGUCCAGCAGCUGUUAGUGGUGGUUAAAGAAGAGGUUCCCCAUGAGCAGCAGGAGUGGUGCUUCAGUCUGGACCAGGAUGAACCAGAGCCCCCACACAUUAAAGAGGAACAGGAGGAACUCUGGAGCAGUCAGGAGGGAGAGCAGCUUCAAGGGCUGGAGGAGGCUGAUAUCAAGUUCACAUUCACUCCUGUCCCUAUUAAGAGUGAAGAUGAUGAUGAAGAGAGUGCUCAGUCCUCACAGCUUCAUCAAAGACAAACUGAGGAGAACAGAGAGGCAGAGCAUUUGAAAACAGAAACUGAUGGAGAGGACUGCGGGGGAUCAGAACAAGCCAGGAUCUUAGAUCCAGAUAGUCCUGAUGAGGAGACUUCACAGUCUGAGACUGAGACUGAUGACAGUAGAGAUUGGGAGGAAACACGGGAACCACAGUCAGGUUUAAACUUGCUGCAAAACAGUGAGGUACCUGUCAGUGCUGUGGAAUGCAAUACUGAAAAAAUAUCAGUUAGUUCCUCUAAAUGUGCUGAAAGGUUUGACCACAAGGGACAUCUGCAGAAACACACUGGAAUCAAAACAGGGGAGAAACCAUUUAGUUGCUUUGUCUGUGGCAAAACAUUCUCUAGAAAGUACUACUUAACAACUCAUAUGAGACUUCAUUCAGGAGAAAAACGUUUCAGCUGCUCAGUUUGUAAACUUAAAAUCAAUUGCCGAAGCAAUUUUGUUAAACACAUGAGAAUCCAUACUGGGGAGAAACCAUUUAGUUGUUCCCAGUGUGGUAAAAGAUUCACAGAAAUGGCCCACCUGAGACAACACUUGAAUGUCCACACAGGGGAGAAACCAUUUAAUUGUCCAUUUUGUAGUGUAAGAUUUGCUGCCCAGGGUAAUCUGAGACGACACAUGACUGUCCACACAGGGGAGAAACCAUUCAGUUGUUCAGUUUGUGGCAAAACAUUUGCGCAUAAAGGAGACAUGAGAAGACACUUGCUUGUCCACACAGGGGAGAAACCAUUUAUUUGUUCAAUUUGUAGUAAAGGUUUCACACAAAGCAGAGAUUUGAGACGACACUCUACUGUCCACACAGGGGAGAAACCAUUUAGUUGUUCAGUUUGUGGUAAAAGUUUCACACAAAAGGGAACUCUGAAACUACACUUGACUGCUCACACAGGGGAGAAACAAUUUAGUUGUAGCGUUUGCAAAAAAAGAUUCGCCCGGCUCUAUAAUGUCAAAAGACAUAAGUGUGUUGGUGAGAGCAGCAGUAAUAAGUGAAGUCGACGAAAUGUUUCUUGAGCCAUUAUUUUUUCCAGCAGGACUAAGUGCAGAGGAAAAGACUCGGUUCAGCACUGAUCAACUAAAAACUGUCAGACUUGAGGCUGAUACAGUCUAAAAAUUGAGUCUUUUCAGCAAAGAUGAAGCUACACAACCACUUAAAUUAGGGAUGUCAUGAUCACGUUUUAUUUGCCCCCGAUCACAAUUCGAGUCAGCAUUGUCAUGUUGUAGCCUUGUUAUAAUUUGUUUAUCAAUUAAAAAUUUAAUUGUAUGGCCUUAAUGUCAAUUCUUCCCUGUGGUGUUAAAAAUGGUAUGAAAUAUCAAUAUUUGUCAAGGUAUGGUGUCAAAGUUGGACUUUUCAGUACUGUGACAACACUUGUAAAUAUGUCAUGAUUGGACUUCCAGUGGGACGGUAGAGCAGCAUGCAUCGCUGAUUGGAGAGUUCCUCCACGCCAACACAAUUUACUCCACCAAAAUAAACGCAGAAAAAAACUGAGAACGUGCACAGGUGCAACGAAAACAAAGGCAAAAUACUUGGACAACCAAGAUGAAGAAGUAAACUGUAUGACUGCAUGGAGAAAUGACUCCGUGAUGAACUCUUAAUAAUCACUUACCUUCAGAGUUAGCGUGCCCAGAGCUCUGGCACCGAAACCUAAAGCAGGGGCCUGUAUCACGAAGCAGGAUUAAUGUCUUAGCGAGGUAACUUCAGGGUUAACCCUGGGUUUUCGGUCUCACGAAGCCAGUUCAGUUCUUAUCGGGGUAGAUCGCCAUGGUAACUUACUCUGAAUGGCUAUCCUGCUCCGGAGCAGGGUAAGUUCAGGGUUGAAUCUGAUCCUAUAAAAAGCACCACCCACUGGCCAAUCAGCUGUUCGGAAAAAAGUGACUGCGCUGACAGAAAUGCAGCCCAGUCAUGACGGGAAGUUUAAUUCAUUUGAUUGAUUUUGAUUUGAAAGUUUAUUUUGAACAUUAAAACAGAAAAGAAAGCAACAACAACAGACAAUGAAAAGAUUGUUCAAAAAGGAGUGGAAAGAAGUCGAAAUUUCAUCCCACCCCUUCAUAAGAAAGAAACUGAUCAUUUGCUGACACUUAAUAGCACCAUUAAUUAGUGCCAACAUUUUGUUUUGUUGGAGGAAAUGAUCCCUGUUAAAGAUAAUGGGCCUAAUUGACAGCUUUGCUGCUGGAAAUGUGGAAAGUAGCCUAUCGUGUACACUUCAUGGUGUUUGAGGGAUUUUCCUUUUUGUUUUUUAAAGAGGGAGACCAGGUAUAUUUUUGCGCAGCUGUUAAUUUCUAACACAGCUCAAUAUCAGGAUGAUUGUAUUCAGACUAUCAAUUUGGUGUUGAUAUGAUUUAAUUGUGGCAUCAGCUUUAAGCUUUAUUGUAGCAUAUAUAACGUUAUGACAAAGAAGACCAAUUUAUCAGACGCAAUGAUAUUAGACGAUAAUUGUAAUACACGCAAUUCAUCUGCGCAGCAUUGAUUUCAUGGGAUUCAAGGGUGUGAUCAGUGUCAGAUAUACAGGUACAGGUACUGCAGCUACUUGAACCGGUGAUGAGUAAUUUAACCUACACAUAAUUUUAUUUGCUACCUUGUUUUGUCUUGAUUUUUUCCUCUCUCCUCCUCUCUUUCUUCUUUCCUGACCCGUUUUUUUUUCCUCUCUUCUCUAUUAUGUGAUUUCAUUGAUGGUUUGACAGGGGAAUUUCUUUGAUAAGCUUUUAGUGGCUUCUAACUUCUCUGGCACUUUUCUUUUUUUAAUCUUGUAAAUUUUAUGCUGUCAGUUUUUAACAUUAUGUGCAAAUAAACUAAUCUAAACUAAAACUAAACAUUAUUCAUCCCGUUAUGUGUUGCCACGCAUGUUUCCUCCUCCUGCAGCUGCCAUGGUGUUGGCCUUUUCUGUAAAGUUGCUUUUCUCCUCCUCAUAUUUUAGUGGAAUUAAUCUCUGAUCCUCACGAGAAAUACUUUUUUUCCCUCACACACAGCGCUCUGUGAGGAUGCUCAGUGACGCUGCGCUUCUCUCAUGAUUGUGAUUGGUCUGCUGCGUGCGUGUUCACGGCUCUUGAUAAAGAAACCCUGGGUUGAGUUACCGAGUUGAUAUCCAGCGUCGUGAUACCGAUUAUCCUGAUUGCCAUUGUUAGGGUUAGUCAACCCAGGAUAGGUCUGGGUAACCCAGGAAAGGUUGAUCUCGCUUCGUGAUACAGGCCCCAGGUCAGUCUCCCAGGUCAAUCCUCAACUUUCAGUAGUACACCAUAGGGGUGGGAAUCGCCAGAGGACUCACAAUACAAUAUUAUCACGGUACUUAAUACGGUAUUGCGAUCUGCUCAGUAUUGCGAUACAGCAUACUGCAAUAUAUUGCAAUGUAUUACCUUUUUUCCAACUGCAAAUUAUUUCCCCUAGGGAUGGGUAUUAAGAUUUUAUCGAUACUGCUACUUUUAUGGAUACUUUUAUCAGUUCUUUUUCCAUCUUUAAAUAUAGCUUUUUAAAAGAUAAAUUAAUUUAAGAAGAAAAAACUCAGAACAGAAUUAUUGAAUAUUUUAAAUAUAACUAAAUUUUGUAGAGCAGCAACAGACAUUUUUACAACAGCAGUCAUAUAAAUAAUAUUCAUGACAUCACAAUACUGGGAGAAGUUUAGUAUUUAGUUUAGUAUUUAUCAGUAAAGUCAUUCCUCCUGUCCUCUACUUGUUGAAAAACACAUGAACCCAGGUAUGUGACUCCGCCCCCACAGUUUUUUACCAACACAGCCGUACUCAAGCUCUAAAGAGAAGUGAAGCAUAAAGCUGGGAAAUCUUUGAGUACGUUAGGAAGGGUGGCAUUAACUUGUGAUGCCUGGACUUCAAGGUCAGUGGAUCCAUAUGUGACUGUAACGGCACAUUAUCUCACCGAGGACUGGAGACUGCUGUCUCACGCUCUCCAAACUAGAGCAGUACACCAAAGUCACACCGGAGCAAACACUGCAGACCUCCUGCAAAAUUCAGCACAAGAAUGUAACCAACAACGCAUCUAAAAUGGGUGUUGCCAUUCAGUUAGCAGGAUACCUGCAUGGCGAGUGUUUUGCUCAUAACCUGGCCUUGCAGAGGGUGUUAAAUCUGCCAACUAGGGCUGCCACUAACGAUUAUUUUCAUUGUCGACUAAUCUGUCGAUUAUUUCUUCGAUUAGUCGACUAAUCAUUUCAUCAAAAAAUGUGUUAAAAUGUUGAAAAAUGUCGGUCUGUCUUGCCCAAACCCCAAAAUUACGUCAUCUAAUGUCUUGUUUCAUACUCACGCCAAAGGGUUUUAGUUCACCGUCAUGGGAGAGUGUGUAAAGCUGUUAAUAUCUGAACGCAAGAAGCUGCAAUAAGAGUAUUUUGGGUACUUUUAUAGUACUUUUCUAUGAAAAAUGACUCAAAUGGAUUAGUCGACUACUAAAAUAGUCACCGAUUAUUUUAAUAGUCGAUUAGUCAUCGAUUAGUCGACUAAUCGUGGCAGCCCUACUGCCAACAGUUCAGUCUGUCUGGCUGACCUCCUCCACACACAAACAUACACACACAGACAUGACAUUGAGUAAAAUCAGUUUAAAAUUACUGACGGCAGCUAAGCUCAUGACAAGUAAAAAUCCAGUACUUCAUAAAUAUAUGUGUUCAGCAAGUAUGAACAUGUAAGCCGCAAUAUUUAAUUCUGCUCUGUCCGCAGUAUCUUAUCCACUGCUGCUAAUAUUAUGUUUUACACAAGGACAGCACACUACUUCGGCUAAUGGAAAAUUGUUACAAAUAAGCUAAAAUGAAACAGCCCGUCCUCCCUCUACCAGUGCUAAUAUUACCUGCACACAGCGAAUCACAUCAGCAGAGAGGGAGCAGGACAGGAGGACAGAGGACAGGAGGAAUGACUUAUAGUGACUCCCUCCUGUACUCCAUAAAUCUGCAAGUUGUUCUUUCUGGCCCUCGCGUCUAGGUCGUCUAGUUUGUCAAUCAAUGAAUUCGUGCAGUGCACAGUUAGCUUCGGAGCGCCAUGAUUUAACUUCAUCAAUCAAAUCAUCUGUUAUAUCCAAGUCAAACGUCAAACAAGCCUUGGUUUUUAACAGCGCUGUAUGGACGCAGAUCUUUGCUCAUGAAGUAGGUGAUGGACUGUGUUAUUUUCUUCACUCUCAGAGUUGGAUGGUAGUUGUGCCAAACAAAGUGUGUCUAGUGUUAGUUGAUUUUUUGGUGGAGUGGGUUUAGCGUUAGCUUGGCCGUCAGCGGCUAACGAUAUCUCUGGAUGGUGGCUUGUGAGGUGAGCCCUCAUGUUCAUAGUAUUCCCAGAGUAUUUAAUUCUCGUGGCACUGCAUACAAAUCAUCUGUUAUAUCCAAGUCAAACUUUAUUUAUAUAGCACUUUUCAUACAAACAGAAUGCAACACAAAGUGCUUCACUUGAUAAAAACACACACGCAAAUUCAGAGACUGUAAUGGUUAGGACUAAUAUUUUAACAGUACAAAAAACCUGCAACUGAGGAAACGCUAUCAUAAGUGGGGGUUCUAGAGGGUUCAUACGAUAAAAGCAAAUCAGAUAAACAGAUUGGACAAAGACCAUUAAGAGCUUUAUAAACCAAUAAAAGGACCUUAAAAUCAAUCCUGAAGCACACAGGAAGCCAAUGCGGAGACUUUAAAAUUGGUGUAAUGUGUGCUCUCUUUCUAUUCCUUGUCAGGGCAGCUGAGUUUUGUGAUAACUGUAACUGAUCAAUGUUUUUCUUAGGAAGACCAGAAACUAGAGCAUUAUAGUAAUCACCUCUGCAGGUAAUGAAAGCAUGCAUUAUCGUCUCUGUGAUGGUUUGAGAGAGAAACAGUAGCACUCUGGCAAUGUUCUUAAGAUGAUUAAAUCCAGUUUUGGUUAUACUUCUAAUAUAGAAAAACUAAGAUUGGAAUCAAAGAUAAUUCCAAGGUCUUUUUUUUUUUUUACUUGUUGACAGGGUUUUAGUGCCAGUUCUCGCAGUUUUGUGUUGAGUUUGUCUUUCUGAGCUUCAGGACCAAUAACUAAGGCCUUGGUUUUGUCCUGGCUGAGUUGAAGAAAGUUUUCUGCCAUUCAGAAAUUGAUAUCUAAACAGUUAAAAAGGGCAUCAAUUGGACCUCAGUCAUCAGGAGACACAGCCAUGUACAGCUGUGUAUCAUCAGCAUAACUAUGGAAACUGAUGCCGUGCCUCCUAAUGACGUUUCCAAGUGGCAGCAUGUAAAGAUUAAAAAGUGUUGGACCUAAAAUUGAAUCUUGGGGGACCCCACAAUUCAUUUUAUAGCUUUUUGAUGAACAUUCAUCCAUUGUUACAUGAAAUUCUCUUUUGGAAAGAAAAGAUUUAAACCAGUUAAAAACAGUACCAGAGAGGCCAACCAGAUUGUGAAGUCUAGCUAAAAAAACUGUGUGGUUAACUGCAUCAAAGGCUGCAGUAAGAUUGAGUUGUACUAGUACAGAGAGUUUUUUCAUAUCCAUAUUAGACUUCAGGUCAUUAAAGGACAACUUCGGUAUUUUUCAACCUGGGCUCUAUUUCCCCAUGUGUAUGUGUGCGUAUGAUUCAUAGGUACAACUCGUUCUAAAAUUGGUUCAGUAUUGAGGGAGGCGGAUGCAGCCGGGAGCCACGAAACGAGCU